AUGGCGGCUCUUGGGGUCGCACUGGAUCUCCUGACCUGGACGAUUCCUCACUGUGUCGUCUGGCAAUUGCAGCUCCGACUGGCGCACAAGAUGGCAAUAACAGCCAUUUUUGCAUUGGGAAUACUUAACAUCCUUGUUGGCGGUCUGCGCAUAAGCGUGCUUACUGAGGUGGCCUACGGUAGGGACGUCACUUAUGGUAUAGGUACCUCUUUGAUGUGGGCGAUCGCUCAAAUGAGCACUGGUAUCGUCGUCGCCUGUUGCCCACAUCUCCGACCUCUUUUCGAAAAGAUUGUUCCUAACAAAUUCGUACGAGUGCACACGCGAACGUCGACGCCUCAAGAUUCGCCUCUGCGAACUAGGCAAGCCUCGAUCACCGUAAUGACGAGGAUAGAACUACAAGGCAGCUCGCCAUCACCGGCGAUCAACACUUCAGUCUUCCAUGAAGGGCAUUUGGAACCAUGGGCGCCCACGUUCGUCGUUGGCACAAAUCCUGUAAUGGAAGAAGCGCAGGAUAUAAAAUGCUGUACUGGAUGCAUACCUCUCUGCCCUCGUCAUCUCGCUUGA